GCGGCGGCGGCUCGGCGGCGGAGGGGGCUCGGCGGCGGCUCGGCGCUCGCGGUUCCCGGCCGGUGGCGCCGACGCGGGCGCUUCGGGCCCGCUCCGGCUCGCGGGGGCGGCGGCGGCGGCCCACCCGAGGCCUGCGGCCUAGGCCUCGGCCGAGCGGCGGGCUCGAGUGCGGCGCGGAGCCGGCCUGCGGGCCCUGCGCGGCGGCACCAUGAGCGUGGAGGCGUACGGGCCCAGCUCGCAGACGCUCACCUUCCUGGACACGGAGGAGGCCGAGCUGCUCGGCGCCGACACUCAGGGCUCCGAGUUCGAGUUCACCGACUUCACCCUCCCCAGCCAGACGCAGACGCCCCCCGGCUGCCCCGGCGGGCCCGGGGGCGGCGGCGCGGGAGGCCCGGGCGGCGCGGGCGCGGGCGCCGCGACGGGACAGCUCGACGCGCAGGUGGGGCCUGAGGGCAUCCUGCAGAACGGGGCCGUGGACGACAGCGUGGCCAAGACCAGCCAGCUGCUGGCCGAGCUGAACUUCGAGGAGGAUGAGGAGGACACCUACUACACGAAGGACCUGCCCAUUCACGCCUGCAGUUACUGCGGCAUCCAUGAUCCUGCCUGCGUGGUUUACUGCAACACCAGCAAGAAGUGGUUCUGCAACGGGCGAGGGAACACUUCUGGCAGCCACAUUGUAAAUCACCUCGUGCGGGCCAAGUGCAAGGAGGUGACUCUGCACAAGGACGGGCCCCUGGGCGAGACGGUGCUCGAGUGCUACAACUGCGGCUGCCGCAACGUCUUCCUGCUGGGCUUCAUCCCCGCCAAGGCCGACUCGGUGGUGGUGCUGCUGUGCAGGCAGCCCUGCGCCAGCCAGAGCAGCCUCAAGGACAUCAACUGGGACAGCUCGCAAUGGCAGCCGCUGAUCCAGGACCGCUGCUUCCUGUCCUGGCUGGUGAAGAUCCCCUCCGAGCAGGAGCAGCUGCGGGCGCGGCAGAUCACCGCCCAGCAGAUCAACAAGCUGGAGGAGCUCUGGAAGGAGAACCCCUCCGCCACGCUGGAGGACCUGGAGAAGCCGGGGGUGGACGAGGAGCCGCAGCACGUGCUCCUGCGCUACGAGGACGCCUACCAGUACCAGAACAUCUUCGGGCCGCUGGUCAAGCUGGAGGCCGACUACGACAAGAAGCUGAAGGAGUCGCAGACUCAAGAUAACAUCACGGUCAGGUGGGACCUGGGCCUUAACAAGAAGAGAAUCGCCUACUUCACUUUGCCCAAGACUGACUCUGGUAAUGAGGAUUUAGUCAUAAUUUGGUUAAGAGACAUGCGGCUCAUGCAGGGGGACGAGAUCUGCCUGCGCUACAAGGGCGACCUGGCGCCCCUGUGGAAGGGGAUCGGCCACGUCAUCAAAGUCCCUGAUAACACAAACUUAACUCAGCGCACAGAUUAUGGUGACGAGAUCGCCAUCGAGCUGCGGAGCAGUGUGGGGGCGCCCGUGGAGGUGACUCACAAUUUCCAGGUGGACUUCGUGUGGAAGUCCACCUCGUUCGACAGGAUGCAGAGCGCGCUGAAGACCUUCGCGGUGGACGAGACCUCCGUGUCCGGCUACAUCUACCACAAGCUGCUGGGCCACGAGGUGGAGGACGUGAUCAUCAAGUGCCAGCUGCCGAAGCGCUUCACGGCGCAGGGCCUCCCCGACCUCAACCACUCUCAGGUUUACGCCGUGAAGACUGUGCUGCAGAGGCCGCUGAGCCUGAUCCAGGGCCCUCCGGGCACGGGGAAGACGGUGACCUCGGCCACCAUCGUCUACCACCUGGCGCGGCAAGGCAACGGGCCCGUGCUCGUCUGCGCCCCGAGCAACAUCGCGGUGGACCAGCUGACGGAGAAGAUCCACCAGACGGGGCUGAAGGUGGUGCGCCUCUGCGCCAAGAGCCGGGAGGCCAUCGACUCCCCGGUGUCGUUCCUGGCCCUGCACAACCAGAUCAGGAACAUGGACAGCAUGCCCGAGCUGCAGAAGCUGCAGCAGCUGAAGGACGAGACCGGCGAGCUGUCGUCUGCGGACGAGAAGCGGUACCGGGCCCUGAAGCGCACCGCCGAGAGGGAGCUGCUCAUGAACGCGGACGUCAUCUGCUGCACGUGCGUGGGCGCCGGGGACCCGCGGCUCGCCAAGAUGCAGUUCCGCUCCAUCCUCAUCGACGAGAGCACCCAGGCCACCGAGCCCGAGUGCAUGGUCCCCGUGGUGCUCGGCGCCAAGCAGCUGAUCCUAGUGGGCGACCACUGCCAGCUGGGCCCGGUGGUGAUGUGCAAGAAGGCCGCCAAGGCCGGGCUGUCACAGUCGCUGUUCGAGCGCCUGGUGGUGCUGGGCAUCCGGCCCAUCCGCCUGCAGGUGCAGUACCGGAUGCACCCCGCGCUCAGCGCCUUCCCCUCCAACAUCUUCUACGAGGGCUCGCUGCAGAACGGCGUCACCGCAGCGGACCGCGUGAAGAAGGGGUUUGACUUCCAGUGGCCGCAGCCGGAUAAGCCCAUGUUCUUCUACGUGACGCAGGGACAGGAGGAGAUCGCCAGCUCGGGCACCUCCUACCUGAACAGGACCGAGGCCGCCAACGUGGAGAAGAUCACCACGAAGCUGCUGAAGGCGGGCGCCAAGCCGGACCAGAUCGGCAUCAUCACGCCGUACGAGGGCCAGCGCUCCUACCUGGUGCAGUACAUGCAGUUCAGCGGCUCCCUGCACACCAAGCUCUACCAGGAGGUGGAGAUCGCCAGCGUGGACGCCUUCCAGGGCCGCGAGAAGGACUUCAUCAUCCUGUCCUGCGUGCGCGCCAACGAGCACCAGGGCAUCGGCUUCCUCAACGAUCCCCGGCGCCUCAACGUGGCCCUGACCAGAGCCAGGUACGGCGUCAUCAUCGUGGGCAACCCCAAGGCGCUGUCGAAGCAGCCGCUGUGGAACCACCUGCUCAACUACUACAAGGAGCAGAAGGUGCUGGUCGAGGGCCCGCUCAACAACCUGCGCGAGAGCCUCAUGCAGUUCAGCAAGCCGCGCAAGCUGGUCAACACCAUCAACCCGGCCACCGGCUGUGUGGGAGGCUCUUCCCGAGUCGCUGGCGAAUUCCUCACCUGCCUGCCGCCCGCGCAGGGGGCCCGCUUCAUGACGACGGCCAUGUACGACGCGCGGGAGGCCAUCAUCCCGGGCUCGGUCUACGAUCGCAGCAGCCAGGGCCGGCCCUCGAACAUGUACUUCCAGACCCACGACCAGAUCGGCAUGAUCAGCGCGGGCCCCAGCCACGUGGCCGCCAUGAACAUCCCCAUCCCCUUCAACCUGGUCAUGCCGCCCAUGCCGCCUCCGGGCUACUUCGGACAGGCCAACGGCCCGGCUGCAGGCCGGGGCACCCCGAAAGGCAAGACUGGGCGUGGGGGGCGCCAGAAGAACCGCUUCGGGCUGCCCGGGCCCAGCCAGACCACCCUCCCCAGCAGCCAGGCCAGCCAGGACGUGGCAUCGCAGCCCUUCUCCCAGGGCGCCCUGACGCAGGGCUACAUCUCCAUGAGCCAGCCCUCCCAGAUGAGCCAGCCCGGCCUCUCGCAGCCCGAGCUGUCCCAGGACAGCUACCUCGGCGAUGAGUUUAAGUCACAGAUCGAUGUGGCACUCUCACAAGACUCCACGUACCAGGGAGAGCGGGCGUACCAGCAUGGCGGGGUGACGGGGCUGUCCCAGUACUAGAAGGUGGCGCGGAAGAGCUGAGCUACGUGGCUUAGUCCAUCAGCAUCUUAUCCUGGGUAAUAAAAAAUAAAAAUAAACGGAUACCUGUUUUCCACUGCUAAACUGAAGCACACUGUGUGAGCAGCAAGAGGGAGAGGCCGAGCGAGGAGAGGAGGAGCAGCCGAGCGCGCCCUGCUGCCCGGCGCGAGGAGCAGAAGGCGGCGCAGGGCCGGCCCGCCGGAGCCCGGAGUCCCGCCAGCCCGCGAGGAGGCCCCGCGCUCGCCCACCGGGCUGUGGCCAGGGCGGAGGGAGGAAGCCCUCAUCUCAGAGUAGCCCUUUCCUCUGUUCUUUUCUUUUUCUCUUUUUAUUGAAAGGGGACUACGUUUUAGCAGGAAAAACUUCGCCUUUCUGUGCCCAGCAGGCGGCCGUGCCGGGCGGAGCCCGGGCGGGACAGCGGCGUCUGCAGCCGCCGGAGCCGCGAGCUCGCGACGCCUGAGUUCUGAGAGGGUUUUCAUUUAAAGAAAAUACGGUGUUUGGGUUUUUUCUGUUUGUUUUUUUUAAAGAUUCUUUCAAAGGAGUACUGAAAAAUAUUUUCCUAAGUUUGUCUCUGAAAUCUUAGUGGUGGACCUGGGAGAUGCGAGAAGCUUCCAGAAACGAAGCUCAGACGAGCCAGCGUGGCUGGAGACUAGGAUCGACACCUGCACGUGGUCUCAGGAGGAUUUUUGUUCUAGGUCUUAGCUUCCCACGGGCGGUCGCCGUGGGGCGCCGGGUCUGUGCGGAGCCGCCGGCCGAGCCGGACGCCGCCAUCUCCGCUGGACUCCGAGGAGCAGCGCUGCUUCCCGUGCAGACUCCGCGGCCCGGCCGCCCGGGAGCAGGGUGCCGCCGCCCAGCGACGGGCCGUGGCCAGGACUGGCCUUGAGGCCGGGGGCAGGAGGGUGGCCUCGCCCAGGCCGGUAGCUUCUUCCCGGGGCCCUUCCGAGGAUUCGGCGGAAAGCAGCAGCCGCAGCGCCGUCCUGUCCCACCGAGUCCCACCUCCAGCGUGGAGCCUCCAGCCUCCACCUGCGGCACAGCUUUGGGGAGGAGGAGCGAGCCGGGGACGGCCAGCUCUGCGCUGCCGGGGCUGGAGGCGUUUGCCAGGUAGCGGCGGAGACACGCCUGUGUUUAGCGAUGAGAGUCGCCCCAGCUCCUUGCACUCGGGCUGGGGUGUCCUGCCUGGUGGCCGCACCCCUGCCUGCCCUCCCGGAGCCCCCAGAUUCCAGCUUCUGCUCGGGCACAGACCGCCUGCCUUCUGGCAAGGACUGAUCGUCGCCACUGCUGCGGGGCUUUCGGUUUCCCCUUCCUUCGGCAGCCGCCUAGAGGCACGGAUGUGUGGGGCGCUUCCGGCUUUGACCCUGUCCCCGCCCCACCCCGGGUGGGGACGCUUCGCCUCUGCCUGUGCCCCUUGCUGUGUUCUCCACCCUGAGCGGCGUCACUCAGUUUUACCAAUCGAGCAUCUGUACCAGGCAGCGUAACUUUUGAUUUUUGGUCUAUUUGUUUUAAUCUCUUUUGUCACCAAUAAAAUCUCAUUAAUAAACA